GCCUGAGGCCCUAUAUAAGCCCCCAGGGAACGGGCCCUUAAUGUGGCUUCUCUCAGUCUUCUCUUCUUCACAGUCCAAACUCCACACACCCUCUCCAAAUGGCACCCAAGAAGGCAAAGAGGAGGCAGCAGGCCGAGGGCGGGUCCUCCAAUGUCUUCUCCAUGUUUGAGCAGAGCCAGAUUCAGGAGUACAAGGAGGCUUUCACAAUCAUCGACCAGAACAGAGACGGUAUCAUCAGCAAGGAUGACCUCAGAGACGUGCUGGCCUCCAUGGGCCAGUUGAACGUGAAGAAUGAGGAGCUGGAGGCCAUGGUGAAGGAGGCCAGCGGCCCCAUCAACUUCACUGUGUUCCUGACCAUGUUCGGCGAGAAGCUGAAGGGUGCUGACCCUGAAGACGUCAUUGUCAGUGCCUUCAAGGUCCUGGACCCCGAGGGAACCGGCUCAAUCAAGAAGGAAUUCCUUGAGGAGCUGCUGACCACUCAGUGCGACAGGUUCUCCGCAGAGGAGAUGAAGAACCUGUGGGCCGCCUUCCCCCCAGAUGUGGCCGGAAACGUCGACUACAAGAACAUCUGCUACGUCAUCACACACGGAGAGGAGAAGGAAGAGUAGAGGGG